UGUCGCAGCCCAGAUCGACGGUCGGGUGGCGGCUCAGUGAGCCCCUGCUGCAGGGAACAAGCAAAGGGACAUCCAGGAGCCCAGGGCUGCCAAGGGGUGCGCACCCACCCUGCCCCGAGAACCCCCUUCCCAAGGUCGGGGACAGAGCAGGUGCAGAGACACUGCAGCCGCUUGUUACUCAGCCUCCUGAACGAUGCCAGCCCAAGGUUCCCUAACCUCCAACCUGGCCAUCCUGGUGCUGCUGGGCACAGUCAGAGCAGGCCCUUUCUCUCCAAGGUCCAAUGUGACACUCCCAGCCCCACGGCCUCCUCCCCAGCCAGGAGGCCGCACAGAGCAGCCAGGAGGGGGAGGCCCUUCUUCUCAGCUUUAUGAGCACACCGUGGAAGGAGGGGAGAAGCAGGUGGUGUUCACCCACCGCAUUAACCUGCCCACUUCUGGUAGCUGUGGCUGUCCCCCAGGCACUGAGCCCCCUGUCCCUGCUUCAGAGGUGCAGGCCCUGAGGGUCCGGCUGGAGAUCCUGGAGGAGCUGGUGAAGGGGCUCAAGGAACAGUGCACUGGGGGAUGUUGUCCUGCUGCUGCCCAGGCUGGCACAGGCCAGACGGACGUGCGGAGCCUCUGCAGUCUCCAUGGCGUGUUUGACCUGAGCCGCUGUGCCUGCUCCUGCGAGCCAGGCUGGGGUGGGCCCACCUGCUCAGACCCCACAGAUGCCGCGGCGCCCCCCUCCCCUCCCCCCUCAGCUUCCCGGUCCUGCCCAGAUGACUGCAAUGAUCAGGGUCGCUGCGUCCGUGGUCGCUGCGUGUGCUUCCCUGGCUACACCGGCCCCAGCUGUAGCUGGCCCUCCUGCCCGGGGGACUGCCACGGCCGCGGGCGCUGCGUGCAGGGCGUGUGCGUGUGCCGCGCGGGCUUCUCCGGGGACGACUGCAGCCUGCGCUCCUGCCCUCGGGGCUGCAGCCAGAGGGGACGCUGCGAGAACGGGCGCUGCGUGUGCAACCCAGGCUACACUGGCGAGGACUGUGGGGUGAGGAGCUGCCCCCGAGGUUGCAGCCAGAAGGGGCGCUGCGAGGACGGGCGCUGCGUCUGUGACCCUGGCUACGCUGGCGAGGACUGCGGCUCUCGGAGCUGCCCGUGGGACUGUGGCGAGGGCGGGCGCUGUGUGGACGGCCGCUGCGUGUGCUGGCCCGGGUACGCGGGCGAGGACUGCAGCACGCGGACCUGUCCCCGCGACUGUCGGGGCCGAGGGCGCUGCGAGGAAGGCGAAUGCAUCUGCGACCCAGGCUACAGCGGGGACGAUUGCGGAGUGCGCAGCUGCCCGGGCGACUGCAACCAAAGGGGCCGCUGCGAGGACGGCCGCUGCGUGUGCUGGCCUGGGUACUCGGGGCCCGACUGCGGCGCCCGCGCUUGCCCGCGCGACUGUCGGGGCCGCGGGCGCUGCGAGAACGGCGUGUGCGUGUGCAACGCGGGCUACAGCGGCGAGGACUGCGGCGUGCGCAGCUGUCCCGGGGACUGUCGCGGCCGGGGCCGUUGCGAGAGCGGCCGCUGCGUGUGUUGGCCCGGGUACACAGGCCGGGACUGCGGCACGCGCGCCUGCCCUGGCGACUGUCGCGGGCGCUGCGUGGACGGCCGCUGCGUGUGUAACCCGGGCUUCACAGGCGAGGACUGCGGGAGCCGACGGUGUCCCGGGGACUGCCGCGGUCGCGGCCGCUGCGAGGAUGGCGUGUGCUUGUGCGACGUGGGCUACGAGGGCGAAGACUGCGGCGGGCGCAGCUGCCCCAGGGGUUGCCAAGGUCGCGGCCAGUGCCUGGAGGGGCGAUGCGUGUGCGACGACGGCUACGAGGGUGAGGACUGCGGCGUGAGACGAUGCCCGCGCGACUGCAGCCAGCGCGGCGUGUGCCAGGACGGUGUGUGCGCCUGUUGGGAGGGCUACACGGGCGAGGACUGCAGCCUCCGUACCUGCCCCUCCAACUGUCACCGGCGCGGCCGCUGUGAGGACGGGCGCUGCGUGUGCGACUCCGGCUACACCGGCCCCUACUGCGCCACCCGAACCUGCCCGGCGGACUGCCGGGGCCGUGGACGUUGUGUGCAGGGCGUGUGCGUGUGCCACGCGGGCUAUAGCGGCGAGGACUGUGGGCAGGAAGAGCCUCCCGCCAGCGCCUGCCCCGGGGGCUGCGGGCCUCGGGAACUGUGCCGCGCAGGCCAGUGUGUAUGCGUCGAGGGCUUCCGAGGCCCCGACUGCGCCAUCCAGACGUGCCCCGGGGACUGCCGCGGUCGGGGAGAGUGUCGUGAGGGCAGCUGCGUCUGCCAAGAUGGCUAUGCAGGGGAGGACUGCGGGGAAGAGGUGCCAGCCGUUGAGGGCAUGAGGAUGCACCUUCUGGAGGAGACGAUGGUUCGGACAGAGUGGACCCGGGCUCCUGGCAAUGUGGAUGCCUACGAAAUUCAGUUCAUCCCCACGACAGAGGGGCCGAGCCCCCCAUUCACAGCACGAGUGCCCAGCUCUGCCUCAGCCUAUGACCAGAGAGGACUGGCCCCCGGUCAGGAGUACCAGGUCACUGUCCGUGCCCUUCGAGGGACUAGCUGGGGCCCUCCUGCCUCCAAGACCAUCACCACCAUGAUCGACGGCCCCCAGGACCUCCGAGUGGCAGCUGUGACACCAACCACGCUGGAGCUCAACUGGCUGCGUCCCCAGGCCGAGGUGGACCAGUUCGUGGUGUCCUACGUCAGUGCCGGCAACCAGAGGGUGCGGCUGGAAGUGCCCUCUGAGGCAGACGGGACGCUGCUGACCGGCCUGAUGCCAGGCGUAGAAUACGUGGUGACCGUCACUGCCGAGCGGGGCCGGGCAGUAAGCUACCCGGCUUCUGUCAGGGCCAACACAGGGUCCUCCCCCUCAGACCUCCUGGGGGCCACUGAUGAGCCUCCUCCCUCAGGCCCUUCAACGACUCAAGGGGCUCAGGCCCCUGUCCUGCAGCAGCGACCCCAGGAGCUGGCAGAGUUGAGGGUGCUGGGCAGAGACAAGACAGGGCACCUCCGCGUGGCCUGGACCGCCCAGCCUGACACCUUUGCCCACUUCCAGCUGCGCCUACGGGUGCCCGAAGGGCCUGGGGCACAUGAGGAACUACUGCCAGGGGAUGUCCGUCAGGCUCUGGUGCCCUCACCCCCUCCUGGAUCCCCCUAUGAGCUGUCACUUCGUGGGGUCCCUACCGGGGGCGAGCCCUCUGCCCCUCUCAUCUACCAAGGCAUUAUGGACAGGGAUGGGGAGAAGCCUGGGCAGCCCUCGGCCCCGCCACGCCUGGGCAAGCUGACAGUGACGGACAUGACUUCCAACUCCCUGCUUCUGCACUGGACGGUCCCUGAGGGCGAGUUUGACUCCUUCGUGAUCCAAUACAAAGACAGGGACAGGCCCCAGGUGGUGCCUGUAGAGGGACCCCAGCGCUCAGCCCUCAUCUCCAACCUGGACGUCGGCCACAAGUACAAAUUCGUCCUGUACGGGCUCGUGGGCAAGAAGAGGCAUGGCCCCCUGGUGGCUGAAGCCAAGAUCUGUAAUGCCUCCGACUGAUUCCACCUUCAGUGACUUCCACCCCGCCUGGGAAAGCUGUGGGUGACAGAUCCCACCCCAGAUUCGUUGCACUCUCCGGAUGUCCCUGAGGGCCGGUUUGACUCCUUCGUGGUCCAAUACAGGGACAGGGAUGGACGGCCCCAGGUGGUGCCCGUGGAAGCUCCCGAGCUCGUCAUCGUCUCCCCGCUGGACCCUGACCACAAGUACAGAUUCACUCUGUUUGGAAUUGCCAACAAGAAGCGGCAUGGCCUCACGGCCGAUGGCACCACUGCCCCAGAGAAGAGAGAGGAGCCCCCGCCACCCAGAGUCCCCUGAGCAGCCCUGCUGGGGGAGCUGACAGUGACCGGCACCACCCCAGACUCCCUGCGCCUGUCCUGGACGGUGGCCCAGGGCUCUUUUGACUCCUUCAUGGUCCAGUACAAGGAUGCGCAGGGGCGGGCCCAGGCAGUGCCCAUCAGGGGGCAUGAGAAUAAGGUCACCAUCCCCGGCCUGGAGUCCGACCGGAAGUAUAAGAUGAACCUCUACGGGCUUCAUGGCAGGCAGCGCGUGGGGCCUGUGUCCGUGGUGGCCACCACAGCCCCACAGGAAGGCGUGGACGAGACCCCCAGCCCCACAGAGCCCAGCACAGAGGCACCAGAGCCCCCCGAGGAGCCCCUCCUGGGGGAGCUGACGGUGAUAGGAUCCUCCCCGGACUCGCUGAGCCUCUCCUGGACCGUCCCCCAGGGCCACUUCGACUCUUUCACCAUCCAGUAUAGAGACAGGGACGGGCAGCCCAAGGUGAUGCGGGUGCCAGGGCACCAGGACGGGGUCACCAUCUCGGGCCUGGAGCUAGACCACAAGUACAAGAUGAACCUGUACGGCUUCCACAGCGGCCAGCGCGUGGGCCCCGUCUCUGUCAUCGGGGUGACAACUGCAGAGGAAGACACCCCCAGCCCCACAGAGAUGGAGGAGACCCCCAGCCCCACAGAGCCCAGCACAGAGGCCUCGGAGGCCCCCGAGGAGCCCCUCCUGGGGGAGCUGACGGUGACAGGAUCCUCGCCGGACUCGCUGAGCCUCUCCUGGACCGUCCCCCAGGGCCGCUUCGACUCCUUCACCGUCCAGUACAAGGGCAGGGACGGGCCCCAGGUGGUGCGUGUCGGGGGCGAGGAGAGUGAGGUGACCGCUGGGGGCCUGGAGCCCGGGCGCAAGUACAAGAUGCACCUGUACGGCCUGCACGGGGGGCGGCGUGUGGGCCCCCCUCCCACCGUUUCUAUCUCAGCUCCACAGCCAGAAGAGACUCCUCCAGCCACCGAGCCCCCCAUGGAGCCGCACCUCGGGGAGCUGACAGUGACAGAUGUGACCCCAAAUGUGGGCCUUGCGUGGACAGUCCCUGAGGGCCAGUUUGACUCUCGUGUCCAGUACAAGGACAGGGACGGGCAGCCCCAGGCGGUGCCUGUGGCCGCAGACAGCGAGAGGCCACAUGUCCCCGGCCUGGAGCCUGCACGCAAAUACAAGCUGAACUUCUACGGGCUACAUGGUGGGCAGCGCGUGGGCCCCCUGUCUGUGGUAGCCAUGACGCCUCCCCUCUCUCCAGCCCCAGGCACAGAGCCCCGCCUUGAGCCACGUCUGGGGGAGCUGACAGUGAUGGACGUGACCCCGGACUCCGUGGGCCUCUCCUGGACAGUCCCCGAGGGUGAAUUCGACUCCUUCAUGGUCCAGUACAAGGACAGGGACAGGCAGCCCCAGGCGGUGCCUGUGGCUGCAGACCAGCGUGAGGUCACCAUCCCUGGCCUGGAGCCCAAUAGGAAAUACAAGUUCCUGCUCUUUGGGAUCCAGGACGGGAAACGCCACAGCCCCGUCUCUGUGGAGGCAAAGACAGUUGCUCGAGGUGACACCAGCCCAGGAGCCCCACCCCGCCUCGGGGAGCUGUGGGUGACAGACCCCACCCCAGACUCACUGCGCCUCUCCUGGACAGUCCCCGAGGGCCACUUUGACUCCUUUGUGGUCCAGUUCAAGGACAGGGACGGGCCCCGGGUGGUACCUGCAGAGGGCCACAAGCGCUCAGUCACCGUCGGCCCUCUGGACGCCAGCCGCAAGUACAGGUUCCUCCUCUACGGCCUCCUGGGCAAGAGGCGCCAUGGCCCCCUCACCGCCGAGGGCACCCCAGAGACCCGGAGAGCUGUGGACGAGGCUGGAACAAAACCACGUCUGGGGGAGGAGCUGCAGGUGACCAGCAUGACGUCAGACUCCGUGGGCCUCUCGUGGACGGUCCCCGAGGGCCAGUUUGACUCCUUCGUGGUCCAGUACAAGGACAGAGAUGGGCAACCCCAGGUGGUGCCCGUGGAGGGCAGCCUCAGGGAGGUCAGUGUCCCAGGCCUGGACCCUGCCCGCAGGUACAAGCUGCUGCUCUACGGGCUAUACGAGGGCAAGCGUGUGGGUCCCAUCUCCACCAUCGCCAUGACCGCCCCCAGGGAAGAAAUCGAAGCCGAGACUGAGGCCCCCAGCCCUCCAGCAUCUGAGCCCCGCCUGGGGGAGGUGACUGUGGAGGAGGGCACCCCACACACCCUGCAUCUCUCCUGGACCGUGAUUGAGGGAGAAUUUGACUCCUUCGAGGUCCAGUACACAGACGACGAUGGGCAACUCCAAGUAGUCCAUUUAGGGGGCAACCAGAAUGACAUCACCCUCUCUGGCCUGGAAUCCGACCACAGAUACCUGGUGAGCCUGUACGGUCUCCACGAUGGGCAGCGUGUGGGUCCUGCGCACGUCGAGGCCCUGACAGCCCAAAAUGAGGAAGAGGAUGAACCUUCAGAAUCUCCCUCUACCAACCCUGAGCCUCAGGUCACGCCUCGCCUGGGGGAGCUGGCAGUGACAGACGCCACCCCCGAAUCCCUGAGCCUCUCCUGGACCAUCCCCGAGGGCCCGUUUGACCACUUCCUGAUCCAGUACAAGAACGGGGACGGACAGCCCAAGGCAGUGAGGGUGCCAGGAUACGAGGACGGGGUCACCAUCUCGGGCCUGGAGCCAGACCACAAGUACAAGAUGAACCUGUACGGCUUCCACAGCGGCCAGCACAUGGGCCCCGUCUCUGUCAUCGGGGUGACAACUGCAGAGGAAGACACCCCCAGCCCCACAGAGAUGGAGGAGACGCCCAGCCCCACAGAGCCCAGCACAGAGGCCUCGGAGGCCCCCGAGGAGCCCCUCCUGGGGGAGCUGACGGUGACAGGAUCCUCGCCGGACUCGCUGAGCCUCUCCUGGACCGUCCCCCAGGGCUACUUCAACUCCUUCACCAUCCAGUACAAGGGCAGGGACGGGCCCCAGGUGGUGCGUGUCGGGGGCGAGGAGAGUAAGGUGACUGUUGGGAGCCUGGAGCCUGGGCGCAAGUACAGAUGCACCUGUACGGCGCUGCACGGGGGGCGGCGUGUGGGCCCCAUGUCACCGUGGGCGUGACUGGUGAGUGAGGAGGAGCCCCCUGCCAGCCCCCCUUUGAAGCCACAGCUGGGAGAGCUGACUGUGACGGACGCCACCCCCGACUCCCUGAGCCUCUUCUGGAGUCCCGAGGGCCAGUUUGACCACUUCCUGAUCCAGUACAAGAACGGGGACGGGCAGCCCAAGGCAGUGAGGGUGCCGGGGCACCAGGACGGGGUCACCAUCUCGGGCUUGGAGCCAGACCACAAGUACAAGAUGAACCUGUACGGCUUCCACAGCGGCCAGCGCGUGGGCCCUGUCUCCACUGUUGGUUUAACUGCCUCAGAAAAAGACCAAGAAAUGACCCCAACCCCAACAGACCUGCCCACCACAGCCCCUGAGCCUCCCGUCAAGCCUCGCCUGGGGGAGCUGGCAGUGACAGACGCCACCCCCGAAUCCCUGAGCCUCUCCUGGACCAUCCCCGAGGGCCAGUUUGACCACUUCCUGAUCCAGUACAAGAACGGGGACGGGCAGCCCAAGGCAGUGAGGGUGCCAGGAUACGAGGACGGGGUCACCGUCUCGGGCCUGGAGCCAGACCACAAGUACAAGAUGAACCUGUACGGCUUCCACAGCGGCCAGCGCGUGGGCCCCGUCUCUGUCAUCGGGGUGACAACUGCAGAGGAAGACACCCCCAGCCCCACAGAGCCCAGCACAGAGGCCUCGGAGGCCCCCGAGGAGCCCCUCCUGGGGGAGCUGACGGUGACAGGAUCCUCGCCGGACUCGCUGAGCCUCUCCUGGACCGUCCCCCAGGGCCGCUUCGACUCCUUCACCAUCCAGUACAAGGGCAGGGACGGGCCCCAGGUGGUGCGUGUCGGGGGCGAGGAGAGUAAGGUGACUGUUGGGAGCCUGGAGCCUGGGCGCAAGUACAAGAUGCACCUGUACGGCCUGCACGGGGGGCGACGUGUGGGCCCCGUGUCCACCGUGGGCGUGACCGCCCUCCAGGAGGUUGUGGAGGAGACCCCCAGCCCCACAGAACCCAGCACAGAGGUCCCAGAGCCCCCCAGAGAGCCUCUCCUGGGGGAACUGACGGCGACAGGAUCCUCCCCAGACUCGCUGAGCCUCUCCUGGACUGUCCCCCAGGGCCGCUUCGACUCCUUCACCGUCCAGUACAAGGAUAAGGAUGGGCGGCCCCAGGUGGUGCGUGUCGGGGGCGAAGAGAGUGAGGUGACCAUUGGGGGCCUGGAGCCCGGGCGCAAGUACAAGAUGCACCUGUAUGGCCUGCACGGGGGGCAGCGUGUGGGCCCCAUGUCCACCGUGGGCGUGACUGAUCCAGACUACAAAGCCAUGACCACCCAAGCCCCGUCCACUGCGGCCCCCGAGACUGCUGUCAAGCCUCGCCUGGGGCAGCUGGCAGUGACAGACGCCACCCCCGAAUCCCUGAGCCUCUCCUGGACCAUCCCCGAGGGCCAGUUUGACCACUUCCUGAUCCAGUACAAGAACGGGGACGGGCAGCCCAAGGCAGUGAGGGUGCCGGGGUACGAGGACGGGGUCACCGUCUUGGGCCUGGAGCCAGACCACAAGUACAAGAUGAACCUGUACGGCUUCCACAGCGGCCAGCGCGUGGGCCCCGUCUCUGUCAUCGGGGUGACAACUGCAGAGGAAGACACCCCCAGCCCGACAGAGAUGGAGGAGACACCCAGCCCCACAGAGAUGGAGGGGACCCCCAGCCCCACAGAGCCCAGCACAGAGGCCUCGGAGGCCCCCGAGGAGCCCCUCCUGGGGGAGCUGACGGUGACAGGAUCCUCGCCGAACUCGCUGAGCCUCUCCUGGACCGUCCCCCAGGGCCGCUUCGACUCCUUCACCGUCCAGUACAAGGGCAGGGACGGGCCCCAGGUGGUGCGUGUCGGGGGCGAGGAGAGUGAGGUGACCGCUGGGGGCCUGGAGCCCGGGCGCAAGUACAAGAUGCACCUGUACGGCCUGCACGGGGGGCGGCGUGUGGGCCCCGUGUCCACCGUGGGCGUGACCGCCUCCCUGAAUACAGAGCCCCCCGUGGCACCCCGCCUGGGGGAGCUGGCUGUGGCAGCCGUGACCUCAGACACAGUGCGCCUCUCCUGGACAGUGGACCAGGGCCCCUUCGACUCCUUCCUGGUCCAAUACAGGGAUGUGCAGGGGCAGCCCCAGGCAGUGUCCGUGGGUGGACACCUCCGAGAGGUCUCGGUUUCGGGUCUGGCCCCGGGCCACAAGUACAAGUUCCUACUCUUCGGACUCCAGGAUGAGAAACAACACGGUCCAGUCUCUGCAGACGCAAAGACCCUCCCAGACACUAAACCUUCUCUCCGCCUGGGGGAGCUGACAGUGACAGACGUCACCCCAGACUCCAUGGGCCUCUCCUGGACGGUCCCCGAGGGCGAAUUUGACUCCUUCGUGGUCCAGUACAAGGACAGGGACGGGCAGCCCCACGUGGUGCCUGUGGCCUCAGACCAGCGUGAGAUCACCAUCCCCGGCCUGGAGCCCAAUAGCAAAUACAAGUUUCUGCUCUAUGGGCUGGCAGGCAGGAAACGACUGGGCCCCAUCUCUGCUGAAGGCAGCACGGCUCCCCUGAAGAAGGAGCGGCAGCGCCCACCCCGCCUGGGGGAGCUGACGGUGACAGAUGAGACCUCGGAGUCCCUGCGCCUCUCGUGGACAGUGGCCCAGGGCCCCUUUGACUCCUUUGUGGUCCAGUACAGGGACACAGAUGGGCAGCCCUCGGUGGUGCCUGUGGCCGCAGACCAGAGGGAGGUCACCAUAGAGGGCCUGGAGCCUGGCAGGAAAUACAAGUUUCUGCUCUACGGGCUCCUCAGAGGACAGCACCUGGGCCCCGUCUCUGUCCUGGGAACGACAGCCCCAGAAGAGGACAUGCCAGCAUCCUGGCACCUGGCCACGGAGGCCCCCGAGCCCCCUGAAGGGCCCCGCCUAGGGGCACUGGCAGUGAAGGACGUGUCCCCGGAUUCCCUGCGCCUCUCAUGGAGCGUGGCCCAGGGCCCCUUUGACUCCUUCGUGGUCCAGUAUCAGAGCACAGGUGGGGAGCCCCAGGCCUUGCUCGUGGGUGGCAACCAGAACAAGGUCCUUGUGUCAGCCCUGGAGCCCAGCACCUCCUACAAGUUCUUCCUCUACGGCUUGCGUGAAGGGAAGCGCCUGGGGCCCGUCUCAGCCGAGGGCACCACAGGGCCAGCUCCUGCUGGUCAGACACCCGGAGAGCCAGGGCCCCGCCUAUCCCACCUGUUGGUGACUGAUGUGACCACCAAUUCGCUGCGGCUCAACUGGGAGGCCCCACCCAAGGCCUUUGACUCCUUCCUGCUCCGCUUUGGGGUCCCAUCACCGAGCGCUCUGGAGCUGCAUCCGCGUUCCCCGCUGCAGCGGGAGCUGACGGUGCCAGGGACACGGCGCUCGGCCGUGCUCUGGGACCUGAGUCCAGGGACCCUGUACACCCUUACGUUGUAUGGGCUGCGCGGGCCUCACAAGGCCGACGGCGUCCAGGGCACAGCCCGGACCCUCAGCCCCGCUCUGGAGCGCCCCCGUGACCUCCAGUUCAGCGAGAUCGGGGAGACGUCAGCCAAGGUCAGCUGGAUGUCCCCGCCGUCCAGGGUGGACAGCUUCAAAGUUUCCUACCAACUGGCAGAUGGAGGGGAGCCACAGAGCGUUCAGGUGGAUGGCCGAACCCGGACCCAGAAACUCGAGGGGCUCGUCCCAGGCGCUCACUACGACGUGACCGUGGUCUCCGUCCGUGGCUUUGAGGAGAGUGAGCCUCUCACAGGCUUCCUUACCACAGUUCCUGACGGCCCCACCCAGCUGCGUGCACUGAACUUGACGGAAGGAUCCGCCCUGCUGCUUUGGCAGCCCCCCCAGGCCCCGGUGGAUACCUAUGACAUCAAGGUCACAGCCCCAGGAGCCCCCUCGCUACAGGACUCAGCCCCUGGCAGCGCCGUGGAGUACCCCCUGCAAGGCCUUGUGCUCCACACCAACUACACGGCGACCCUGCAUGGCCUUCGGGGCCCCAACCUCACCUCCCCAGCCAGCAUCACCUUCACCACAGGGUUGGAGGCCCCCCAGGACUUGGAGGCCAAGGAGGUGACCCCCCGCACAGCCCUGCUCACUUGGACUGCGCCCCAAGUCCCCCCAACUGGCUACCUGCUCAGCUUCAACACCCCCGAUGGACAGACCCAGGAGAUCCUGCUCCCAGGAGGGGUCACCUCUCACCAGCUUCACGGCCUCUUUCCCUCCACCCCCUAUAGCGCGUGGCUCCAGGCCAUGUGGGACCACAGCUUCACUCCACCCGUGUCCACUUCCUUCACCACUGGUGGACUUCGGAUCCCCUUCCCCCGGGACUGUGGGGAGGAGGUGCAGAACGGGGUCAGCACCUCAAGGACCACCACCGUCUUCCUCAACGGCAACCGCGAGCGGCCCCUGAACGUCUUUUGUGACAUGGAGACCGAUGGGGGUGGCUGGCUGGUGUUCCAGCGCCGCAUGGAUGGAAAAACUGACUUCUGGAGGGACUGGGAGGACUAUGCCCACGGUUUUGGGAACAUCUCCGAGGAGUUCUGGCUGGGCAACGAGGCCCUGCACGGCCUGACCAAAGCCGGCGACUACUCCUUGCGUGUGGACCUGCGGGAUGGGGACGAGGCCGUGUUUGCCCAGUACGACUCCUUCCAAGUAGACUCGGCCGAUGAGUUCUACCGCCUCCACCUGGAAGGCUACCAUGGCACCGCAGGGGACUCCAUGAGCUACCACAGCGGCAGUGUCUUCUCUGCCCGUGACCGAGACCCCAACAACUUGCUCAUCUCCUGUGCCGUCUCUUACCGAGGGGCCUGGUGGUAUAGGAACUGCCACUAUGCCAACCUCAACGGGCUCUAUGGGAGCACAGUGGACCACCAGGGAGUGAGCUGGUACUACUGGAAGGGCUUUGACUUCUCCGUGCCCUUCACGGAAAUGAAGCUGAGACCAAGAAGCUACCGGCCCCCGGGCAGGGGAGGCUGAGCCGCUGCUCACCCCUCCAGCGCCCUACUAUGACUGCCGAGCACUGAGGGGUUGCGCUCAGAGAAGAGCCAGGGGCCACCUUCACCAUCCAGCCACCGGAGGAAGCCUUCUCCACCCGCGAUCUCACAGCACCAUGUUUACAGGGGGGAGGGAAGGGGUUUGUACGGGAGCAAUAAAAGGAGAAACCGA